GCACCGCCGAAGGGCCCAGCCCAGGAGCGGGACAAUAAAAUCCCUGACACCACUGUUCAAGAGGCCUCGGGGGGGGGUGGAAGGCCAGGCCAGCUGCAGGAUAUAAAGCUGUCCCCGCUCCCGGCACGGCACUGCAGCACAGUGGUUUGCCAGGCUCCUCCAGCGCUCUCCAAUGGAUAUCACCAUCCACAACCCCCUGAUCCGCAGACCUUUCUUCUCUUGGUUGGCACCGAGUCGUAUCUUUGACCAGAUUUUCGGGGAGCACCUGCCGGAGUCGGAGCUGCUCCCUGUUUCCCCCAGCUUCAGCCCCUUCCUGAUGAGAUCCCCCAUCCUUCGGAUGCCCAGUUGGCUAGAGACAGGACUCUCGGAGAUGCGACUGGAUAAGGACAAAUUUUAUGUGAACCUGGACGUGAAGCAUUUCUCCCCUGAGGAGCUGAAGGUGAAGGUGCUCGGGGACAUGAUCGAGAUCCACGGGAAGCACGAGGAGCGCCAGGACGAGCACGGCUUCAUCGCCAGGGAGUUCAGCAGGAAAUACCGGAUCCCGGACGACGUGGACCCGCUGACCAUCACGUCGUCGCUGUCGCUGGACGGGGUGCUGACCGUCAGCGCUCCCCGCAAGCAGAGCGAUGUCCCCGAGCGCACCAUCCCCAUCACCCGCGAGGACAAACCGGCCAUCGCAGGCGCCCAGAGGAAGUGAGGGCUGCUCUGCUGUCCCCAAAGCCACCCCUGGAGGGCCAUUCCAGAGCUCUUUCCUCCACCAGGUGCCGGCCGUACUGAAUGGCUGCUCGUAUUAUUUAUGCUGAGUAAGUUUACUAACGAAUAAAACCAUGGAGAAGCA